CCGCGCCGAGCCGCACGCUGCGCGCGCGUAUCCAGUUCACGGCCGCUCUAUUACUGUCCGGCUAUUUCGGCGCAGUACGCCAGUGUUCAGUUUCGCGCAGGUGGCCCGCCAUGCGCGCGCGGUAGCAUGGAGCGCCGCUGCCGGCGCGCCGACGCGCCCGACCCCAUGAAGGUGCGCCGCCGCGAGAAGCCCCGCGAGCGGUGGCUGCUCACGCGCAAGACAUGGAAGUACAUGAGCGACGCCGGCCGCCGGCUCGUGCCCGACGGCGCCCAGAACCGCCCCGAGGACGUGCCCCGGAUCGAGGCCUACUUCCAGGAGGUGUGCGCGAAGGAACCCCGGUUCCUCCUAUGGAGGAAAAGCUCGUACCCGGGCGCCCUGCCCAAGCCGCGGAGAAAGAAGCGCCCGCGAGGAGGCUCCGUCCGCUGCCGGUCGCCGUCCGACGACCUGCCCGCGCCGGCGCGCCCCACCGAGCUGUUUAUCCCUCACACCUCCGGCGGCCGGUUCGACAUCGCCAAGCUCCGGCGGGACUUCUUCGCCUCCCCGUCCCCGUCGACGUCGACAGUGCCGGUCGCCCCGACCGUCGACCCCAAGAAGCUGGACGAGGAGGACGAGAGCUCUUUAGUUGAUUUGCUGCGCAAGUACCUGAAACUAGAAGAAGACAAGGGCCCGUCGCGGCUCUCGGAUUCGGAGGAGUUAGUUAAGACUUUGAGGAGAUAUCUGAAGCGGCAGUCGGAGAACGUCCCCGCGGACGCCGACGGGGAUCCCUCGCAGCGCUCGCUGCUGGAGAACCUCAGCAGAUACUACUGCAGGUCGCCGAACAGGGACCACAUAGUGCAGGACCUGUUGACUGACAGGAAUCUGUUAAAAAGACUGUAUCAUGAUCUUCGUAAAACUAAGCCUUAUAGAGGCGGUAGAAACGGCGGCGGCGGCGGCUACGGGCCCGGCGGGAGCGGGUACGGUGCGCGUGGUGCGUUACGUGGGACUGGUAGGACUGAGAUUCCGUCGCGUUUGGGAAAAGUGGGUGACGACAGCGAUUACGAUGUGCGUUCCCCGCCGAUGUCGCCGCCGCCGCUCAUCGAAGUGUUUGGCGAAUCUUUGGAGGAUAAGAUGGUGGAUUGCGGUACGCAGACGUACCCGAUCCCCGAGGAGGUGUUGGUGGCGCUGGAGCGUGAGUUUAGAGACAGGCAGGAGGUGGCGACGACGCCGACGAGUCCAACGAGCCCUCCGCCGGAGAGGAAGCAGACUCGUCGGCGCUCGAGCGUCGACCAUGACGACGUCUCUCAGUCGGUCAGCGAUAAGCUUAAACGUUACUUGAAAAUGGCUCGGAAAAAGAGCGUAGACGCCGAUAAGGUCGAUCGUUUCAAGCGUAUAAACUACGAUAAGAAUCUGCGUAAUAUUAAACCUAAGUCUCCCGGGGAAGUGGAUGAUGACGGUCCUCAUAAGGGUUGUCAGACAGAGGAGGGUUGGAUUUUGACGUACCGCGAUUUGCAAUUUGAGUCAGUCGCGUCGACGCCGACGUCGCCGCCAACGCCGACGCACGGGUUCUUGUCGACGCUGCUGGGCCGCAGCGCGCCUACAGUGGCCGGUCCCGCAGGUGGCAUGCAGAAGUCGCGCUCGAGCAGCAGCGUGGUGCAGAGCGUGAGCAAGCGGCUGUGGCGCACGCGCAGCCGCUCCUCCAGCCGCGUCGCCGUCGCCACCUGGACGCCUCAGGGCAGCUGUUCGUGGGCCGACGGCGCCGGGCGCUCCGUGCGACUCACCGACACGUCUCUGCUGACCCUCAGCGAGGUCGAGAGGAGAGCCCUACAGCAGGCGGCCUUGGCUAGGCUACAGCAGCUGAACAUCGGCACCACGAUCAAGAUACCUGAAGAGAAUGCAGUGGCCACGACGACUAAGCCCAAGCGGAGAGCGUACCUCCUGAAGCGGAAGGCGCUCACCACCGGAUUCUUCGACCAGAAGAACGCCGACAAAGAUAAAGAGUCGUCAACGGGCAGCGUGUUCGGCGUGUCUCUAGCGCAAUGCGUGGAAGCUGAAAGAGCGUUGCGGAGACAGCAGCAUGGGGGCUCCAGGGCCUCGCUAGCUUCCAUAGGAGCCCUCGAAAAGGGGGACGAUAGUGAAUCCUGUGACUCCGGCGAAUGGGGCUGGUCGGGCCUCGAAGAGGCGGGGUGCGGGGGGCCGAGAGUUCCCGGCCUCGUUUCGGCCUGCCUGGCGCACCUGCGGCGGCACGGCCUCAGGACCAUUGGCCUCUUCAGGGUGUCGGCCUCUAAAAAGAGGGUUAGACAGCUACGCGAAGAGUGGGAGAGAGGUCAAGAGGCGGCGUUGGACGCGGCGGUGUGUCCGCACGACGUCGCGACCUUACUAAAGGAGUUCCUUCGGGAUCUUCCGGAUCCGCUGCUCUGCAGGGAUCUGUACUCUGCCUUCUUAUGUACUCAAAAAAUCCGCAACCGCCGUCUCCAAUGGGAGGCCCUGCGGCUAAUAGUCCAGCUACUCCCCGCGGCACACAGGGACACACUGAACGCACUACUCUCCUUCCUGUCGCAACUGGCGACGCAUUCUGAGGACGACAGACAGCCGGGGAACAAGAUGGACGCCGCGAACCUGGCGACCAUCUUCGCGCCCAAUAUACUGCAUAAUAAUAAGUCUAAUGAGACCGCUAGUGCGGAGCAGCUAUCGGAGCGGGUUGACGUCAUCAACGUUGUCCGGCAGCUGAUCGAGAGACAAGGAGAGCUGUGGACGUUACCAGCAGAACUGCUGCAUGAAGCUUAUAUCCACCUAGCGCAUAUGGCUCCGGCGCAUUUGGACUCCUUACUUUUAAGGAGAUCAGAAUGCGCAGCGGAAGCCAAGGAGACGUUAGCGGAGAAUGUGGCGCGGCGCGUGUGGUCGCGGGAACAGUUCUUACACGGGGCGGCUGCCACCGGCGGCCCUAACGUUGGGACACCCAGUGAGAAGACGUACGCGCGCAGUCGGCGGACGCGGGAAACUGCGUCGGACACAUCCUCGGGCUCAAUAUCGUCAGCUAUGACUAUUAUGACCAGCAGAGUCCGCAGCAGCGCAGAAGAAUGCGGCAGCAGUGGCGUCGUGUGUCCUCCCUCCACGGCGCGGAGCGAAUCCGCGCCAGAUUCUAACGAUUCCGCCAGUGACUAUAAUGAGACGCUGGGCGGGUCGGACGACGACAACUACGUGAUCACCGCCUCCCUGCACAUCCCCGCCGCCUUCCCCGCGCCCGCGGGGAGCGGGGGCGGGGGCGGGGGAGGGGGAGGGGGAGCGGGGGGAGCGCACUCCCCGCGCCCCGCCCCGCCGCCGCGCCGCCGCUCCACGUCUGGCUCGGAAUCUUCAGCCAAGCGUGAUUCAGCAGUAGGAUCAUCACCGGCGUCAGCAUCGAGCGCAUCAUCACCGCCAGCGUCACCGCCGCCGUACGCGCUGCGCGUCACACUCACGUCUACAGGGGAGCUGAGGAGGCCGGCGGAUAUAGACAGACUUAUGUCGCUAGGAAGAGAACGCAACACAUCAGACGCACGAGCCGUCAUACUCCGCCAGCACGACGAAACCACCACCCACCACGCCAUGACCCGCACUAGAAACUCCCACGAAACUGAGAAAGAAGACAAAAGAAAAGAGGACAGAAGAGAAGAGAGGAGGGUAGAAGUUAAGCAGGAGAGGAAAGAAGGCACGCUCUAUAAGAGGGGGGAGCUGAUUUCGAGCGCUCGGUCGCCGAGGUCGCCUACAUGACAUAUUCUAUACGUGUUUUUAUACAUAAACGUCUAUUUAUCA